AUGCCCCAACUACCAAUCACCACUGGCCAGAAACAAAUCCUCUGGUCGCCUCUGCCAACCUUGCGUGUGUUUCCUAACCGGCAUACCACUCGGCCGAGCGAGUCCAAAUAUACGCUCCGAGAGGACCAGGUCUCACAGUGGUUAGAUUUUCCUCGCAACGUAUUAGAGAGAGUAAAGGAUUUGGGGGAGCCUCCCGAGGGCUUUACACCUCGAGUCCCCGCAGAAUCCCACGUAACCGGAAACGAAAACGGUCUACAAGGACGUUACGUCCAGAAUGUGGGAAACACCCUGGGACCAAUCUUCGACGGGCUUGGACUCGAUCUCCUUAUGGCCGACUACCAGGUCGGACUGCAAGUCGAUAGCCGUUCAACUGAUAGAUCGGAAGCGAUGGAGCAGCGCAAGAGGCAGCCCGACCUGGUACUAGUGGGUGCCAGCGACUAUGUCAUUUGUCUGGUUGGUGAAUUAAAGACGUACUGGACGUUCCGUCCAGCAAAGGGCCAGAGUGACAAGGACUACUUGGCGCAGAAGCUGGGCCAACUAGCCCGCUAUAUGGAUGACCAUCGAUGCCGAUUCGGCUUUUAUUCCACGUACGAGAGAACGUGGUUCUUGAUGCGGUCAAGCUCGAUGGGCUUCCGGGUCUCAGAACCAAUUCCUCACAACCAAGUCGCCAGCACCACCAAGCCAUCUGUUCGGCAGUGCUUCUUAUACUUGGUGGCUCUCAUCAAUGACCGAAAGGCGGCCUUCUGGCCCGAAACGUUCGGGUUGCCCUUGACCGAUCAACCCAGAGAUGACCCCGCAAGAGUACAACCUUCACGUCUUGGAAAUGGCAAGAGAAGGAAAUUAACAGACACUAUGCAGGAGAGCUUCGAACCCCGUCGAGUUGGGAAAUUCUGGGGCUAG